AUGAGUAACUCACUCGCACCUCUGGAUCCCAUUACCAAUGGGCCGGCGGAUCGCAACAAGAAAGUGGCCUAUUUCUACGACUCCGACGUGGGAAACUAUGCCUACGUCUCGGGACACCCGAUGAAGCCCCAUCGCAUAAGGAUGGCUCACAGUCUGGUCAUGAACUAUGGCCUUUAUAAGAAGAUGGAGAUAUAUCGGGCGAAGCCGGCCUCGAAAUACGAAAUGACCCAAUUUCACACGGAUGAGUAUAUCGACUUCCUUUCGAAGGUUACACCGGACAACAUGGACUCCUUCGCGAAGGAGCAGAGCAAAUACAAUGUCGGAGAUGACUGUCCCGUCUUCGAUGGGCUCUUUGAGUUUUGCGGUAUUAGCGCGGGUGGUAGUAUGGAGGGUGCCGCCCGGCUCAACCGCAACAAGUGCGACAUUGCCGUUAACUGGGCCGGUGGACUUCACCACGCGAAGAAGAGCGAAGCAAGUGGAUUCUGUUAUGUAAACGACAUCGUUCUGGGUAUCUUGGAACUGCUGCGAUUCAAGCAGCGCGUGCUCUACGUUGAUAUCGAUGUCCACCACGGAGAUGGUGUUGAGGAGGCAUUCUACACGACCGAUCGUGUAAUGACGGUGUCCUUCCACAAGUACGGCGAGUACUUCCCGGGUACGGGUGAGCUGCGUGAUAUCGGAGUGGGACAGGGCAAGCACUACGCCGUCAAUUUCCCUCUCCGCGAUGGCAUUGAUGACGUUUCAUACAAGAGUAUCUUUGAGCCUGUUAUCAAGAGCGUCAUGGAAUGGUACCGACCCGAAGCGGUGGUCUUGCAGUGCGGUGGCGAUAGUCUUUCGGGCGACCGGCUCGGAUGCUUCAACCUCAGUAUGCGAGGCCACGCGAACUGUGUAAACUUUGUGAAGAGCUUUAACCUGCCCACCAUGAUUCUCGGCGGUGGUGGUUAUACGAUGCGAAAUGUGGCACGCACAUGGGCCUUUGAAACCGGUAUUCUUGUUGGUGACACCCUUGGGGCGGAGCUUCCAUACAACGAUUACUACGAGUACUUCGCACCUGACUACGAGCUGGAUGUACGUCCGUCCAACAUGGACAAUGCUAACACGAAGGAAUACCUCGACAAGAUCCGCACACAGGUCGUGGAAAACCUUAAGCGGACCGCCUUUGCGCCCUCCGUGCAGAUGACCGAGGUGCCUCGCGAGCCUCUUGUGGAGGGUAUGGACGACGAGGCAGAUGCUAUCUUGGACGAUCUGGACGAGGACGAGAACAAGGACAAGCGCUUCACCAAGCGCCGCUUCGAUCAGUACAUUGAGAAGCCCGGAGAGCUUAGUGACAGUGACGACGAGGAGCUGGCUGGGGCCAACGGCGUCCGGCGGCAACCCAACGCGCUCAAGCGGAGAAACCAGGUCAACUAUCGGAAUCUUGAUGUUAACGACUCGGGGCUCGAGAGCGGCAUGGCGACGCCACAGGACGCAUCUUCUCUUCCCGACGAUGACAUGGAUACGACUGCUGAUGCGAAGAUGACCGAGGCUCCGGAGCCGGAGACUGAGGCGCAAGCCACCCCCUCUGCGGCCGAUGCGCCGUCCCGAGCAGACGAGGCCUCCGCAGCAGAGCAAACAGAGAUGGCAGUGGAUGGACCAGAAACGACGGCAGCAUCGGCCCCGAUCUCCCGGCAACCGUCUCCCAAGCCCCAGGACGAAGACACUACAAUGGUAGAUGCGGGCGAGGUCGCGCCGGAGACCGAGAAAUCUGAAGCUGCGCCCGAGGGCGCGGCGGAAGAGGAAGAGGAAAAGAAGAAGCCCAGCGAGGAGACCCCUGCGGCUGACAAGCCCGCUACGGAAGAAACGCCUGCGACGAAGGACGAGUCACCUGCGAAAGAGACGACUGAGGCAGCCGACACGGCAGAGGCGGAGACCAAGCCUGCGGAGGCCAGUGAGCCGAGCGAGACCAAGGACAAGACCCCGGAGGCAGCCAAGGACGAGUCGGGUGAAGCCAAAUCAAAGGAACCCAGCGCGGAAGCCGCAGGAGCAACAGAAGCCGAAAAGACCGAGGAAGCAAGCAAGACAGAGGAGUGA